UUCACUUCACAUCAUCAUCACUCACUCUCUUUAUAACCAAACCUUCUCAUCCCAUUUUCUCAUCACAAUUCACUUUCUCUCUUCAUUUUUCAUUGAGACAUUCAUCAAACACUUUCACCAAAAUGGCCAAACUUGGAAAAUUAACAAAGCUUAAGUCAGCUAUCAAAAGAUGGCCUUCAUUAACCAAACUCAGCCGCAACAAUAGCUCUGUCUCAUCCUCAACCAAGCAACAUGAACAUGAACAAGAACUUCAUGCUGUCUAUGUCGGAAAGUCGCGGCGACAAUACCUCGUGAACUCCGAUGUCAUUCAACAUCCUGUGUUUCAGGAGCUGGUGGAUAGAUCUUCUUGUGAUGAUGGUGUUGUGGUUGUUUCUUGUGAAGUUGUUUUGUUUGAACAUUUGUUGUGGAUGCUUGAGAGUGUUGAAGGUGAGACACAAUUGGGGUCCAUGGCUGAGCUGGUUGAGUUCUACAAUUGUGGUGCAUGUUGAUCAUGAAUUUGAUCAUGUUUUGCUGACAAAGCUAGAUAGCUAUAACUGACUUCAAUUGUUUUGCUUUCUCAUGGAUGGAUUGGUCAAUUGAGAAUUUGAGAUUGAUUAAAUGUAUUUAAUUGUAGCACCGGUUUGUCAUAUAUAUUAUUAUCAAUAUUAAUGCGAACAUUGUUUGAGUAAU